UUUCAAAGAUGCAAGAAAUUCCGUGCAAGGACUACGUUGUCCAAGUUGGACAUGGCCUCCUGGCGUCAGUGCCAAGCCAACUGCUGCAGCUGCUGCCCAACAUUACGAGCUUCAUCGUCGUGAGUGACUCGAAUGUCGCGCCGUUGUAUGCGCAGACGCUGCUGCAAGGUUUCAAACGGCGCGCGGAAUUGUACGUGAUUCCCGCCGGCGAAGCAAGCAAGAACCGUCGCAUGAAAGCCGCGAUCGAGGACUUUAUGCUGGAGAAGCGCAUGCACCGUGAUUGUUGCGUGGUUGCUUUGGGCGGGGGUGUUGUCGGUGACCUCGCGGGGUUUGUCGCGUCCACGUACAUGCGAGGAGUGCCGUUCGUUCAAAUCCCGACCUCUUUGCUCGCAUGUGUGGAUUCGUCGAUCGGGGGGAAGACCGGCAUCGACGUCGAAGCAGGGAAGAACCUCGUCGGCGCAUUCCAUCAGCCCAAGCGUGUAUUUGUCGACUUGGACUUGCUCUCGACGCUGCCCAAGCGCGAACUCAUCAACGGCAUGGCGGAGAUCAUCAAGGCCGGUGCCAUCUACAGCGACGCGCUAUUUUCGAUGCUGGAAUCGAACGUCGAUGCGAUUCUCGCGCUCAAGCAAGACGUGGUGCUCUCCAUGGUCGCCGCGUCCAUUGCGAUCAAAACCACCGUCGUCGACGAAGAUGAAAAAGAACACGGAUUGCGUGCGAUCCUCAACUUUGGCCACAGCAUUGGCCAUGGCAUUGAAGCGAUCAUGCAACCCGAGCUACUGCAUGGCGAAUGCGUGGCCAUCGGGAUGGUCAAGGAGGCCGAAAUCGCCAGAGGCUUGGGGCUGUGUACAUCGGCGACGGUCGGUCGGUUGCUUCGAUGUAUCAAGGCAUUUGGACUGCCCGUUCGAGUCCCUUCUCGUGCGGCCACGGCUACCGUACUGGAAAGGAUGGAAGUGGACAAGAAGAACUCGGGGGGGAUCAAGAAGCUCAUUCUGCUCACGUCCAUCGGCAAAGUCCACUCGAAUCCGUUCACGGUGGCCGUGGAAGACUCGCGCAUUGCGCAUGUGCUGGAGCCCCAGGUGUUGGUCGUGCCGCCAUCUCAACCCAUCUCGGGGACUGUCAACGUUCCCGGGUCCAAGUCGAUUUCGAAUCGCGUGUUGCUUCUGGCAGCGUUGGGGGCUGGCACGUGCCGCAUCUCGGGGCUACUCCACUCGGACGACACCCAAGUUAUGAUGGAUGUGCUGCAGUACUUGGGCGCUCAAUUUUCAUGGGAAGACGACGGCGAUGUGCUUGUGGUCGUGGGCACAGCCGGCAAAUUCCCACCAUCCGUUCCCAGUCACUGGUACUUGAGCAACGCAGGGACCGCCGCGCGGUUUCUGACCACGGUGGCCACCCUGGCGGGCUCAAAGGUCCACCUCACAGGCAACGCCCGCAUGCAAGAGCGGCCGAUUUCGGACUUGGUGGACGCGCUCGUGGCCAACGGAUGUGCGAUAGAGUAUGGGAACCGCAAGGGAUGUCCUCCAUUGGAGAUUUCGCCCACAGGGCUGCCUGGCGGAGUCUUGCAUUUGGCUGGAAAGGUGAGCAGUCAGUACGUGUCGUCGGUGCUGCUGAGCGCGCCGUACGCGGACGCGCCGCUCGAGUUGCAACUAGCUGAAGACAACCCGACCUCGUUCCCGUACAUUCAGAUGACGACGCAAUUGAUGGAAUUGUUUGGGAUUCACGUGCAAACCCUGGGAUCCAAGAAUCGAUUCGUGGUGCCUCAAGGCGUCUACUCGAACCCGCCCCGCGUGCAUGUUGAAGUGGACGCCAGCUCUGCCACGUACCCCCUAGCGUUAGCCGCCAUUUCCGGCGGUCGGGUGGUCGUGCCAGGGCUGGGUCAGUCGUCAUGCCAAGGGGACGCGGCGUUCUUUACGGCACUUGAAGCGAUGGGGUGCACGGGUGGCCAAGACGACUCGUGCACCUACGUGCAAGGGCCGCCCCGCGGGUCGCUCAAAGCCAUUGAGAUUGAUAUGGAGACCAUGACAGAUGCGUUUAUGACACUCGCGGUGCUCGCUGCGGCUGCCACGGGCAGGACCAAAAUCACUGGCAUUGCCAACCAACGUGUUAAAGAGUGCAACCGAAUUGCGGUCAUGGUGGAAGAAUUAGCCAAGUGCGGCGUCGAAAGCGGCGAACUUCCCGAUGGGAUUUGGAUCCAAGGACGGGGUGGUGGUCUCCUCACGCCGCCGCUUACCUUUCCGAACAUUCCGGCCAAGAUUGCAUGCCACAACGACCAUCGCAUCGCCAUGUCAUUUGCCGUACUGGGGGCGUACUGGCCCCACAUUGUCAUCACGGACAAAGAGUGUACGGAUAAGACAUUCCCAUCCUUUUGGGACGAGUGCUCCACGGCCUUGCGCGUGUCGUUUCAAGUGCCAUCGUACCCUCCACCACCUCUUGCAACCAAGGCAGCGUCCACCAUCUACCUCAUUGGCAUGCGGGGCGUGGGCAAGACAUCGCUGGGAAAGCAUGCCGCGUCCGCGUUGGGUCUGCACUGGAUCGACAUGGACGAGUACCUCGAGGCACAUCCACUGCUGCUGGGCAUGCCUAUCAAGGAAUACGUGGCAGUCCACGGGUGGGCGGCGUUCCGAGCCCAGGAAGUGGCUUGUUUGCAACUAUGGGCCAAAGAUCCUCCUCAAAACACCAUCAUUUCGUGCGGCGGGGGAGUCGUCGAGAGCGCCGCGGCUGUCGCGCUGCUCACCCAAGCGUCCAACGUGAUCUACUUGCAAAGGGAGCUGGCGGAUGUGCAAGCCGCGCUGGCCCAUGACACGUCCCGACCGGCCUACGGAGAAGCCAUCGCCGACGUCUUCCACCGCCGCGCCCCGCUGUUUGCCGCGUCCAGUUCGUUUGUGUUUGCAAUGCUGGCUGGAGACGUCGACUACCCCCGCAUCAAUCGCGACUUUGAGCGCUUGGUCACGGUCGUACUCGGUCGGUUCGACUCGAACGCGCUCAAAUCCCAGCCAGACUCGUACUUUGUAUCGCUCACGUUUCCCCACUACACGAGCAAAAAGACGCUCAUUGAGACGGUCACUCACAAGGCGCACGCCGUGGAACUGCGCGUGGACUUGCUCGAGUCGGUGGAGAAACCGUUUAUUGCCCACCAAGUGGCGGCAUUGCGUGCAGCUUCGACACUUCCCAUCAUUUACACGGUGCGAACGGUGGAUCAAGGCGGGGCCUUUCCUAACGACUCGAAGCGGGUGUUUGAUCUAUUGCAAUUUGGCAUUGCUUUGGGAUGCGAAGUUAUCGACAUGGAAUGUUGCUGGCCUGCCGCUGACCAACUCGACUUGAUUGCUUCCAAGCGGGGCUCUGCAAUCUUAGCUUCGUUUCACGCCAUCCACGAACGGUCGUCUGCCGAGCGGGUCCGAGAGCUGUUUGAUUUGUGCGCGUGGAAUGGUCAAGUGGACAUUGCCAAGGUCGUGCUCAAAGCGUAUGACGUGGCAGAUGCGUUGAUGGUCCACCGAGUGGCGCAAGAGUGCCGAGACAGAUGGCCGUUCGACAUGCCCUGCAUCGCUCUGUGCACGACCGAAGCGGGGAAGCUCAGCCGCGUGCUCAAUCGAACGCUCACCCCCGUCACGCACGCCGCGCUGCCCGUCGCGGCGGCCCCGGGUCAGUUGUCCAUUGACGAGAUUGAGUCCCUUCGACGCACCUUGGGGAUGGUCCAAGGCCGACAAUUCUACUUGUUUGGCAGCCCGAUUCAACACUCGCCGUCGCCGCGGAUGCACAACGCAGCAUUCCGGGCGUUGCAUCUUCCCCACAUUUAUUCGCUGCACGAUUCCACUGACAUUGCCACGUGUGUGGCACUGAUGCACACUCGAUCGUUUGGAGGUGGUUCUGUGACAAUUCCCCACAAACUGGACAUCAUCCCACAUCUGUCGAGUUUAUCGGCGGCCGCGGCGACCAUCGGCGCCGUCAACACGAUCCUUUCCAUCAACGGCAAACUCGUGGGAGACAACACGGACUGGAAAGGCAUUGGUCGCCCUGUCGCAGCUCGACUCGAGUCAUCUCCGAUUGGACGAUCAAACAAGGUGGCGCUGGUUGUGGGCGCAGGCGGCACCGCCAUGGCCGCUUGUUAUGCGAUGCAGCAGCUCGGGUUGCGUCUGGUGGUGUUCAAUCGGACACUAGACAAGGCCAUCGACGUGGCUCGGCGCUUUGGGGGCACGGCGGUCGCUUCGUUGACGGACCUCGAUGCAGUGGACGUGGUCGUGGGCACCAUUCCCGCCGCCGCCGGCUUUGUCCUGCCCGAGCAUUUGCUAAGCAAGCAUGUGAUCGUGAUGGACGCGGCGUACAAGCCAGCUAUCACGCCGCUGCUGGCCCAAGCACAUGCUCAUGGCGCGGUGUGCAUCCAGGGCUACGAGAUGCUGGUGGAGCAGGGGCUGGAGCAGUCCCUGCUGUGGACCCACGAGGCUGUAGCCAAGGAAGUGCUGGCUAGCCAAGUCAAGGCCACGCUGGCCGCUUCGGACGUUCUCCAUUAAGACCAUUUUGUUCGCUGUAUGCCCCCAUCCGUCCCUCGUUGUUGAAUAAACACAAAAAGGGGAACGAUGUCGCAUAAAUUAACGAAGUUACACAUCGCAUCGCCGAAGCCGCUUGGCAGUGCGGGGCGGUGGUGUGUGCAUGGCAUCUUCUUUGCAUCGAUCUUCGUCCAGGAUUUCCAAGAUGCGCUUUACGCGGACUAGCGCUUUGUCGUCGUCGUCUUCCGAGGCUGGGGGGGUUGGGUUGGGUUCGACGACGAUCAUCGCGGGCAAAGAACUGGUGGUGUGCAUGUCGACAUCGCUCACGUAGCCGCGGUCGUGCUGGUGGUGGAGGUGGACACGGUCAGGAUUCGUGUCUCCACAAUCGUCGCUGAAACAUCGCGGACGGUGGUUGAGAAGGCGGGGUACAAACGAAGUCGACGACGACGCUGACUCGUCUUGUCGACGGAGCACAAGUUCCCGAAGGGUUCGCAUGGGCGGCGAUGGCUCUUGCGGCAUCAGCUCCCCUUGCCGACGUGGACUAAUGCUGGCGGGUUUGUCGGCAGCGUGAUUGCUCGGAGUGCGAGGUUUGCAUUUCAAUGCCUUUUUCUUCUGCAACAACGACGACGGACUUGUGUGCACGGGCAGCGGCCGCGCAAUGGGGAGCAGACUCAUGUUCAUCUGAACAAAGCUCCACGCAUGUCGGUUCGUGCGCGAUGACGAUCCCGCAUCGACUUGGGUCGUGACCACUGGGGUCGGAACGCGGCCACGGUUGUCUGCCAUGAGCCCUGAACUGUUGCCUCCCAAACGCCC